AUGGGUAACCUUCUGGUUAUUCUUGUAGUGACUCUAAGUAGGAGACUGAGGUCAAUUACGAAUUUCUUCCUUGCCAACUUAGCAGUAGCGGACUUCUUUGUUGCUGUGUUCUGCGUCUACCAGAAUCUAUUCAUCUACAUCGUUGACAGCUGGAUGCUAGAAGAUUUCCUGUGCAAGAUGUACAUGUUCAUCCAAUCUCUGAGCAACACGGCGAGCAUAUUCAUCUUGGUGGUGAUAUGCACGGAGCGUUAUUUCGCCAUAAUUUAUCCAAUAACCUGCAAGCAAAUCCUUACUCCAUUUAGGUUGAAGUUGAUAAUCCUGGGAGUGUGGAUUACUUGCAUCCUAUACAGCUCCCCCAAGUUCUAUUGGGGCAAUACGGUUACCGUUCCCACAGGAAAUAACAGUGAAACCGUCUGCGUUCUCAAUAGACAAAAGUAUAAUUCUGAACUUUUCGAUAUGAUCCAUUUCGUACUCUUUUACGUCAUCCCUUUGGCCAUUAUGUCGCUGCUGUACACCCGGAUAGCUGUCUGUCUCUGGAACAGCUCGGAACAGUUGAAAAAGCAGCUGGACGCCUCUACCCAUUCCAACCAGUACCAGGGAUUAUGCAGGAAGCAGUCCACCAGGCAGAGCAAGAAGUCACACCUUAACGGAGACGCUACCCUCCUGCAGAACACCUCGAACAGCAUGCCCAACCCGAAUUCUAGCCAGAACGUGUUAAGAGCCCGACGUGGAGUCAUCAAGAUGCUGAUCAUCGUAGUCUGCGCCUUUGCCAUUUGCAACCUGCCUUUCCACGCGAGGAAGAUGUGGCAGUACUGGUCGUCCAAUUAUCACGGCGAUACGAACUUCAGCGCCCUCUUCACGCCGCUGACGUUCCUCUCGACGUACUUCAACUCGGGAGUGAACCCCCUGCUGUACGCCUUCCUUUCGAAAAAUUUCAGAAGAGGCAUGAGGGAAAUCCUGCUCUGCAGCUACCCCCGCAAGAAGCAGCAGGACAAGAAGAACCACAUCAACCUCCACCUGCAGAGGCACGCCUCCAGCAGGUCGACGAUGAAGGGUAACACCACGGUCACCAUCGUGAACAACGAUCCGAGCUCGGAAUGUUCUCACGAAGUAUGA